AUGGCCCUUGCGAAUCCAGAACAGGUUGCAAUUAGGCAAGCGCUCGCCUGCCCGAGCCGGGUCGCAUCCCACAAGAGAUCACAGGAGCCUGCCAGAAGCAGGGCCAGUGACUGGGCUCCUUUCGCCCCUGUGGCUGUCGCUGUUGGUCUUGCACAAUUUGCCCACAGAAUACCUGCUCGGUCACGAAGGCAGCUAAGGAGACGCAGCGUGUCUUCCGAACGCAUGGAAGGUGCAGGGACUCUUGGGAGUUGUAAGCGCGAUUUGUUGUACUUUGCGGCUGCGGGCAACCGCGGAUUCAGUGCCAGCGAUGCAGAUCGGAAAAGGGCGGCGGAGCUUGUGGAUGCCUUGGCCUUAGAGUUCAAGGCAGCCCGGGAUUUGAACAUGCGGCGCGACCUCCUAAGAGGUCGCUGGAAGUUAGUGUACACAUCCUCGCCAGACUUGACCUCUCUGGAGAACCUGCCUCUACCAGGAUGGCAGACUGGUCGGGUUGGGCAGUCAUUUCUGACCGCAAGCUUCGCCAAGAACGAAAUCGAUUUCUGCUCUCCUUUUGGCAGCAAGGUUACCCAGGAAGUGAACUGCACUUGGAAGGUUGUCACUCCGAUGGACGAUGCGUUUCUUGUGGAGCUGGUCUUUCGCUACAGCUCCACACGACUGGCCGAAAUGGCUGGUCUGCAACUGCCAGCACCUGCAUUGAACUUACCACUGCCGCCGGGUGCUGGGAUUUUCGAGGUGGCUUUCGUUGACGAGGACCUCCUGGUACAGCGCACUCGAUUUGGUAAUGGUCGUAAUGCUUUCAAUGUCUUGCUGAAGGAGACAUCGUGA